UUGCGGGACACCGAACGUGCGGGGUCCUGCGGUGCAGGGACAGGGGUAGCGCGGCCUCCGGAAGCGAGGGGGCGCUGUGCCAACGCGGGCACUGUGCGGGACGUCGCUCCUUCCGGCCCGGGAGGUGCGGCUGCCAUGGCGCGGAAUGUGUUGUACCCCCUCUACCAGCUGGGUGGCCCCCAGCUCCGUGUAUUCCGAACCAACUUCUUUAUCCAGCUGGUGCGGCCUGGUACUGCCCAGCCUGAAGAUACUGUGCAGUUCCGGAUCCCCAUGGAGAUGACCAGGGUGGACCUCCGGAAUUACCUUGAGCAAAUUUACAAUGUUCCUGUGGCUGCUGUGCGCACGCGGGUACAGCAUGGCUCCAACAGGAGGAGGGACCACAAGAACGUAAGAAUCAAGAAGCCCGACUACAAAGUGGCCUACGUGCAACUGGCCCAUGGGCAGACCUUCACCUUCCCAGAUCUUUUUCCAGAGAAAGAGCCCAGCCCUGCAGACUCUCUGGAAGAGGAGCCUCAGCAGCAGAGGCAGAGCAGCGACCCCCGAUACCCUGGUAUCCCUUCUUGGUUUGGCCUAUGACCUGUGGUAACAGGGACUGGAUCACAGACCUAGUGAGCACAGUAGUUCUGACAAACCCAAAUAAAAAUCCUUUGUGGAGAAAGAA